UUACGUUGUGCAAGUUAACGGAAUUACGUUCACAUAUUCAAAUUUCAUUGGAUAUUUUGUAUGAGAUAUGUAUUUUGUAGUACAUAUUUUAUUUUUUUUAAAAUUAGACAUUUUAAAAUAAAAAGUAAAUGAUAUCAUUUUAAUCGAACUUGAGGUAAUUUGUUUGUUAUCGUGUCAGCUUUUCAUUAAUAUUGUGACACGACGAGUAAAAGUGGUAUCUGUGACGCUAUUAUUGAUAAGUUGGUAGACUUUAAAUAUGCGAAUCGUUCGUGUAGUGCGGCAUGCCUGAAAACUGAUAUGGAGACGUGGGACAUAACAGAGAGUCUUCCCUUCAAUCUAUCUGAAGAUAUAUUUUUAUUACUGGACAUUCCGAGUUUGUGUUCUGCCUCUGAGGUUUCUACACAAUGGAAUCAUUGCAUCAAUGAGUCUGAUUAUGUUUGGAAGAGAAAAUUUUUAAGUCUUAACUCGUGUUUAUCUGGCAGUAAAAAAGUAGAAACGUUACAUUGGAAGGAAAUGGCAAUCCGAGAAUAUUACAUACAACAAUACAAGUCUGCAUGGCUUCGAGGUCAAUUUAGUUUGAUAAACUGCUAUAAAGACCUCAGAAAAUGUACUGAAUACAUUCAAGUACAAAAAUUGACUACGAAUGAUUGGGGAGAAAUAUUUCAACGAGAGCUGGAUCGUUAAAUCAACUACAAAGCACAUACCCAGUCAACGCGCAAUUUUCCGCCAAUAAAAGCUGUGGUCUGAUAUGAACAAAUUGUUAGUUGAUUCUCUCACAAAAUUUUUUUAAAAGACUGCUCUGCCCACGUUAGCAAAUUUUCGUAAAAGGAUGUUUGACAUUGCGUUGAAAAAACAUAGUACAGAGCCCAGUGCAUAUCUACUCGUCUGUAUUUGUUAUAUUAUUGUAUAUUUAUUCUAUUUUCCGAACUUGCACUUAUAAACAAAUGUCUUUAUCUUAAUACUUUUGGAUAUACAAUAAUUGUUUUAUAGAACUCUGCUCUCUGUUGCAUACUGGGUAGAUAGCUAGUCAAAUUUCAUCGGAGAGCGCAAUUUUAAAAUCAUUAUUUUAUCAUCUUAGUUCAUUUUUGUCAAGAAAUUUUAUCAAAAAAAUCACUUUAUGUUUUGUUCUUAUGUGUACUAUAUGAUUAUAAAUAUAUAUGUAUGGGGAA